AUGAGAAAACCAGAGUUAAAGAAAGGAAUGAAGUUUCCAAAUUCUAAGGUAUUUAGGGAGGCAUUGAGGGAAUAUGCUAUAAAGAAGCCAGUAGAUAUCAAGUUCAAGCUGAAUGAGAAGAAGAAGUUAUCAGAGUUUGACAAAAACCCCAAUUGGAAAGUGGCUGGUGUUCAAAAUCAUGUGAAGCAAGCACUUGAAAUUGACAUAAGUUACAGUCAAGUGUAUAGGGCAAAAAAGAAAGCUACUGACUUGAUUACUGGGGAUGAACAGCUGCAAUAUAGGAAGCUUAGGAAUUAUGCAAAGAUUAUAAGAUUGAAUGAUAAAGGAAGUAGGGUUAUUUUGCAAACUAAAAUGGAAGAUGAAAAUGCACAGCCCAAAUUUAAGAGAAUGUAUAUCAGGUAUAAUGCACAAAAACUUGAGUUUUUGGGAGGUUGUAGACCAAUCAUUGGUUUAGAUGGGUGCCACCUGAAAUGGAGAUUUGGGGGGCAAAUACUUUCUGCCAUAACUAGAGAUGCAAAUGAUAAUAUUUUCCCAGUUGCAUUUGCUGUUGUUAAGCAAGAGAACAAAGAUUCAUGGGUAUGGUUUCUGCAGCAGUAUUCAGAUGACAUUAGGAAUCCAGAGCAACUUAAUCUGAUCUUCAUCACUGAUAGACAAAAGAGAUGUGUUGGAGCCACAACAAUUAGGGAGUUUGAGAGAAGAAUGCAGGAAAUGAAGGAUUUGGAUGUCAAGACAUGGGAGUAUCUUGUUGACAUCAACCCUGCACAAUGGUCUAAGUCUCACUUUAGUAGUAGAGUUUUGUGUGACUAUUUAGCUAAUAACUUGAGUGAGUCUUUUAAUGCCAUGAUCUUAGAAGCUAGGGAUAAGCCAAUUUUAGCAAUGUUGGAGUGGAUCAGAGUUAGGCUCAUGACCAAACAAUACAAAAAGAUGAAAGGUAUAGCAAAAUACAUUGGAAAGUGCUACUCCAGCAGGCAGCUUCAUGAUGAGGUUGAUAAUGAUCGUGAGAGACAUGUGGUUGACUUGGCUAAGAAAGCACGCAGUUAUAGGAUUUGGGAUUUGACAGGACUUCCUUGCAAACAUGGGAUCUCUGCUAUUGUUAAAAACUUGGAGAAAGUGGAGGACUAUAUGCAUCCUUGUUACUUGAAAGAGACAUUUGCUGAAACUUACAAAGAGAUAAUACAGCCAAUGUCUGGCCAGUCUGAGUGGGUUGAGACUAACCAACCUGCUCCUGUUGCACCUCAUGUGUAUAAACUACUUGGCAGACCACCAAAGCAAAGAAAAAGAGAUCCUAAAGAGCCAAGGAACCCUUAUAGAGUUUCUAGGAUGAACAAGACAAUCAAGUGUGGGAAGUGCAAGAAAAAAGGACAUAAUGCAAGAGGCUGCAAGGCAGGCAUCACUAGUGAAACUUCAUGGCAAAGAAGAGAUAGACUUGCUAAAUCAGCAGCUCCAAGUGCAUAUGUGUGCACUAGUGGUGUACCAAGUCAAGGAAGUGGUGGUGGUGCUGCUAGGGGGUUUAAAGGCAGAAAGUUUCAACCAGUUGGUGGAAAUGGCAAGAAUGGAGCUGGCAAGGGCACCAAAAGUAGUAAAUGA